UUCCUGCUCGCAGUGGCACUAAGGAGCCUUUGACGCCCAGGUAGACAUUAUCACUUACACACAUAGCACUUAUCCUAGACAAGUUUUUUGAAAAGGGAAGAGAGUAAAAAAGCAGCGUUUGCAGGUUAAUUAUCCAGAGAGAUACUCUGUGUGACCUGGAUUGCUUACACACCUGUGUGUGUGUCACUGGAGAAUGUAGCUGCAUCCUGUUAGCAAGGCCACAGGACACACACCAAUAUGGGAGAAGCUCAAAAGGGCUUACUCUCUGUCAUAGAGAAACUGAAAGGAUCCACGGAGCAGGAUGUCAGGAUAGUACUGCUGGGUUUGGACAAUGCAGGCAAGACCACACUGCUGAAAAGCCUCGCCUCUGAAGACGUGAACACAAUCACACCAACGCAGGGCUUCAAUAUAAAGAGCGUGGCCUCUCAUGGCAUGAAACUCAAUGUUUGGGACAUUGGAGGGCAGAGGAAGAUCAGACCCUUUUGGAAAAAGUACCUGGAAAAAACAGACCUCUUGAUUUAUGUUAUUGACAGCGCAGACAAGAAGAGGUUUGAGGAGACAGGACUGGAGCUGUCUGAGUUGAUCGAUGAGGAGAAUUUAAAGGGCGUUCCAGUGCUCAUCUUCGCUAAUAAACAGGAUCUGGCCACUGCGUCACCGGCCAGUGAGAUCGCUGAGGGUCUCAACCUGCAUACGUACCGGGACCGCGAAUGGCAAAUUCAAGCCUGCUCAGCUGUGUCCGGGGAGGGAGUUCAGGAUGGCAUGAACUGGAUUUGCAACAACAUUGUGAACAAGAAGAAGUAAAGCACCAUCCCAAACAAUAGUGACCAGAAACAAUCAGAGAAUGAAGAUCGCAAACUGGAAUUGAAAUGUUUCACUUCACUUUAUUAUGAUGCAUUCAGCUCACCUUAUAGAUCUAAAUAACUUUGUUUUUAUGAACUGUUAUUUUUAUGAAUAUUUUACAAAGGUAGUCAAUAUAAAGAAGUACCCCGAGCUCUAAUGAGUAUUAACAUUUUAAGUAGUGAAAUGUUUCAGCUUUAUCUCCAAAGAUAUCAGUGUGUUGAAUCUGUUUGCUUUCUUUAACACUACAAUAACCAAGAAAGGUGUGUAGCCAUGCAGUAGCAGUUUGUGUGUGUGCAUGCACAAUCAUGUGUGUCGGUGUGUAAAGUACACAUUUUGACAAUAAAAUUUGUGAUUUCUG